CCAUGAAGUUGAACGCAGCAGCAACAGAUUAAGCUCUCUCUCUCUCUCUCUCUUUGCUUUUCUUCUGUCUGUCACUCUCUGUCCCACUCAUCAACCAAGUCGGCCAACCCCAACAAAGUUUCUGCUACUUUCUGAACUUGUGUCUUCAAGUGUAUAGAGAUAGGCAGAGAGACCCACAACCUCUCAACAACAAGUUCAACACAAAAUGCUCUCCAAGUUGUGUGCAUCAUCACCCAGUUCCCGAUUUUGUGGGCAUGGGAAUGGGAAUGGGAAUCAUCCUCUAUGUCGUUUUGGGUAUGCUUCAAGGAAAUCUUCAGAGUAUUAUGACAAGCCUCGGUUCAGGAUUGUGGGGCAAUCUCUGGGGGAUAGGUGGAAGCUCAACGACGUUGAUGCCACAGAUUGCGCAACCAUUUUUGGUGGAUCUGUUGAGUGUCUGUGAUGCGGUGCAAGAAAAGUUGAAUUCAUGGCUACUGAAGACCCAAAGCUUUUUAAAUGAAGUUACUUCUCCACUAGUAAGAACUAGUCAGACUGGAAAACCUGUCACCAGAGAUGCUUUUGAGACACAAGAUAUGGAUGACAUAUUUAUGGCUGAACAAACUAUUAAUAGCAGAACACCAAAUGGAAUUCUCUCUUUGGCUGCUAUUGUAUCUGUAGAGCAGUUUAGCAGGAUGAAUGGAUUGACGGGGCGGAAAAUGCAGAAAAUAUUCAAAGCGCUUGUUCCUGAAUCUACAUAUAAUGAUGCUCGUAAUUUGGUUGAAUAUUGCUGCUUUAGGUUUUUGUCAAGGGAUGCUUCUGAUAUUCAUCCUUCCCUGAAGGAACCUGCAUUCCAAAGACUGAUAUUCAUAACAAUGCUUGCAUGGGAGAAUCCUUAUCAAGAACAUCUUGCCAGUGGUUCGGAGAAAGCUUCUUUUCAGAGAAAACUUGUCAGGGAAGAGGCUUUUGUACGUUUGGCUCCUGCAAUUUCUGGUGUGGCUGAUAGGUCCACAGUGCAUAAUCUAUUUAAGGCUCUAGCUGGUGAUGAACAAGGCAUCUCUUUGAGCUUGUGGUUGACUUAUGUUGAUGAACUUCUCAAGGUUCACGAAGGAAGAAAAUUAUAUCAGAUACGAGAAUCCCCGAACCUUUCUGAGGAGAGAAUCUUAUGCAUUGGUUCCAGCAGGAAACGUCCUGUCCUAAAAUGGGAGAACAAUAUGGCCUGGCCUGGAAAAGUUACUCUAACUGAUAAAGCUAUUUAUUUUGAGGCAGCUGGCUUAUUUGGACAGAAUGAUUCUAUGAAGUUGGAUUUGACAAGACCUGGAUUGCGAGUAGAAAAAGCAAAAGUUGGACCUUUUGGUUCUGUUCUCUUUGAUUCUGCGGUCUGUAUAUCUUAUGGUCCCGAGUCAAAAGACACGUGGUUGCUGGAAUUCGUUGACUUGGGUGGAGAAAUGAGGCGAGAUGUCUGGCAUGCGUUUAUUAGUGAGAUUAUUGUGUUACACAAGUUUAUCGGGGAGUAUGGUCCAAAGGAAGAUGAUGAAUCGUUAUUUCAUGUUUAUGGUGCUCACAAAGGAAAGGAAAGAGCUAUCACCAGUGCCAUUAAUAGUAUAGCUAGACUACAGGCUCUUCAAUUUAUGAGGAAGUUGCUAGAUGAUCCGACCAAACUAGUUCAGUUCACAUAUCUACAAUAUGCACCAUAUGGUGAUAUUGUUUCUCAGGCUCUAGCUGUAAACUAUUGGGGUGGACCACUGAUAUCUAAGUUUAUAGAGGAACACAACCCACCAGCUCAAGGAGCAAGGCCUUCUAGUGAAAUGAUUGAAAGCAGUAAUCAUGUGUUUGACGUUGAUGGCAGUGUCUACUUACACAAGUGGAAGACCUCUCCAUCUUGGGCUUCAAGUGCUUCUGUGAGCUUUUGGAAGAAUGCAUCAAUAAGGCAGGGGGUGGUAUUAAGUAAAAAUCUUCUUGUUGCUCAUUCAGCUCUAGUGGAAAGAGCUGCAGGAACAUGCAAACAAAAAUCGCAGGCAGCUGAAAAAACUCAAGCGACAAUUGAUGCUGCAAUGCUUAAAGGGAUACCCAGUAACAUUGAUCUAUUCAAGGUUGGUUCUGAGGAACUUCUUCUUCCUCUGACCAUAAUUGCCACAAGAUUUGAAAAACUUAGGCACUGGGAGGAGCCACACUUGACUAUUUCUUUUCUUGCAUUUUCAUAUACAAUCAUUUUCAGGAAUUUGCUGUCAUAUAUAUUCCCAACAGCAUUGAUAAUAUUGGCAACUGGUAUGCUAACACUGAAGGGGCUAAAGGAACAAGGCCGUCUUGGGAGAUCGUUUGGAAUGAUUACUCUCCGUGACCAGCCUCCUUCAAAUACUAUCGAAAAAAUUAUAGCUGUAAAAGAUGGCAUGCGUGAUGUGGAAAAUUAUUUGCAGAGUCUGAAUGUCACACUUCUGAAAAUACAUACAAUUAUCCUUUCUGGUCAGCCGCAGAUUACGACUGAGGUUGCACUGGUGCUGUUAACUUCUGCAACAGUUCUCCUUACUGUGCCAUUCAAAUUUGUUCUUGCCUUUCUUAUCUUCGAUCUCUUCACGCGGGAGCUUGAGUUCAGGAGGGAGAUGGUCAAAAGAUUCAUAGAUUUCUUGAAGGAGCGUUGGGACACAGUGCCUGCUGCCCCUGUAGUUGUAUUACCAUAUGGAAGUAAUGAGUCCACACCAGAAGCUGAUAGAAAGGGAAACAAGGACGUAGAAAAAUCUGAAAAAAGUGAUAGAAGCAAUAAUUCUGUAUAGAUUCAUAUGUAUAGCUAUGUGAUAGUCUCAUAAUUCAUUUUUAAUAAUAGCUCAAGUAUGUAGAAAGCAAGAAUAACCAUCAAGUGUACAGAAAAUGAAGCACUUGUAAUGUCAAUCUAAUGCUUCACUGCAGCAUAGUUUGAGUUAAUUGGUUAAUGGUUCUGACUUUAUCAGUAUCGGCCCUAAGGUAACUAUUCCAGGAAGAAGCCGCCAAAUCAUCUGCUACUUAAGCUACAGUCACUUGCUAUGCUACAUGCACCUAAAUGCACAGGGGAGCAUUUUGAUUUCUUUGAACAUGUAUAUAUAUACACCAAAAUUGGAACUAUUAAUUUCUUCUAAUUACCCGUGUUUAUUGAAGUAAUCUUUCUUUC